UCAUGCGGUGGAGGUAAAGGUAAACAUGAGCAACCCGACAGCACUUCCCGCGUAAAGGAUUGCUUGUGCAGUAAUCACCUUGGAAUGAAAGCUUUAAAACGCGGUGAUUAUGAAACAGCCCGAUAUUACUUCGAGUUGGCAUUAAAGGAAGCCAGAGAGAUCAGAAAUAAAGAUUGUGAAGAAACUGCAUGUAACAACCUUGGCGGUGUCUAUCACGAUCUCGGUGAUUUGCAGAAAGCAAUCGAGUUUUUUCAGCUGAGUCUAGGUAUCGCAGAAAAGACUGGAAACAAAGAUUCUGAAGGAAAUGCAUAUAACAACCUUGGCCGUGCCUAUCGCAAUGUUGGUAAUUUGCAGAAAGCAAUCGAGUUUUUUCAGCUGAGUUUAAGUAUUGCAGAAAAGACUGGAAACAAAGAUUUUGAAGGAGCUGCAUAUAACAACCUUGGCGGUGUCUAUCACGAUCUCGGUGAUUUGCAGAAAGCACUCGAGUUUUAUCAGCUGAGUCUAAGUAUCGCAGAAAAGACUGGAAAAAAAGAUUUUGAAAGAACUGCAUAUAACAACCUUGGCCGUGCCUAUCGCGAUGUCGGUGAUUUGCAGAAAGCAAUCGAGUUUUAUCAGCUGAGUCUAAGUAUCGCAGAAAAGACUGGAAACAAAGAUUGUGAAGGAAAAGCAUAUAACAACCUUGGCGCUGCCUAUCGCGAUGUCGGUAAUUUGCAGAAGGCAAUCGAGUUUUUUCAGCUGAGUCUAAGUAUCGCAAAAAAGACUGGAAACAAAGAUUCUAAAGGAAAAGCAUAUAACAACCUUGGCGGUGUCUAUUACCAUCUCGGUGAUUUUCAGAAAGCAAUCGAGUUUUAUCACCUGAGUCUAAGUAUCGCAGAAAAGACUGGAAACAAAGAUUGUGAAGGAACUGCAUAUAACAACCUUGGCCGUGCCUAUCGCAAUGUCGGUGAUUUGCAGAAAGCAAUCGAGUUUUCUCAGCUGAGUCUAAGUAUCGCAAAAAAGACUGGAAACAAAGAUUCUGAAGGAGCUGCAUAUAACAACCUCUGCCUUGCCUAUCGCGAUGUCGGUGAUUUGCAGAAAGAAAUCGAGUUUUCUCAGCUGAGUCUAAGUAUCGCAAAAAAGAGUGGAAACAAAGAUUCUGAAGGAUCUGCAUAUAACAUCCUUGGCCUUGUCUAUCACGAUCUCGGUGAUUUGCAGAAAGCAAUCAAGUUUUUUCAGCUGAGUCUAGACAGUCUAAGUAUCGCAAAAAAGACUGGAAACAAAGAUUUUGAAGGAACUGUAUAUAUCAACCUUGGCGCUGCCUAUCGCGAUCUCGGCGAUUUUCAGAAAGCAACCGAGUUUACUCGGCUGAGUCUAAGUAUCGCAAAAAAGAGUGGAAACAAACCUGCUGAAGGAACUGCAUAUAACAUCCUUGCUGUUGUCCAGCGAGAUCUCGGUGAUUUGCAGAAAGCAGUCGAGUUUUUACGGCUGAGUUUAAGUAUCGCAAGAAAGACUGGAGACAAAAUUUCUGAAGGAACUGCAUGUAACAACCUUGGCCUUGUAUAUCACGAUCUCUGUGAUUUGGAGAAAGCAAUCGAGCUCUAUCAGCUGAGUCUAAGUAUCGCAAGAAAGACUGGAAAGUCUGAAGGAACUGCAUAUAACAACCUUGCUUGUAGUUUUUUCAAUCUUGGCGGCGUUAUUAAAGCCGAGGAGUGUGCUAAAUCCUCUAUAAAACUGGUCGAGGAAAUGAGGGAUCUCCUGCCCGGGAAAGACGAGUGGAAAAUCAAUCUUCGGAAUGAACAUGAUACGAGUUAUACUCUUUUAAGGACAAUUCAAUCACAACAAGGUAGAACCCUUGAGGCACUUUCCACAGCUGAGGCGGGACGAGCACAAGCUCUCAUGGAUCUCAUGGAAUCACGAUAUUGCGUCAGGGAAUCAAUUCGACCGUCAUCAGAACAGCAGAUGGAACUAAUAAUGACAAUUUCAGGACUUGUUUCUUCACCUACGAUUUUUGUAGCAGAAGAUAAAAAACUAGUGAGUUUGUGGUUACUGCUUAAAGAACAGGGGUGUCUUUUUAUCCAAAAGGGGAUCAGUGUUGACUUAUCAUCACUAAUUCAGGAAACGUACAAAAAGAUUGUUGUCAAAUUCGAUGUGAGUGGCAAGGAUCGCUCCCGGGAUGAGCCAGAAGAUGAAGAGAGUGUUGCUCUUAAAACAUUGUAUGACGUGUUUAUCGCUCCAUUUUCACACUUGAUAAAAGGUGACGAACUCAUCAUUGUCCCUGACCGCUCAUCAUUUUUGAUUCCUUAUGUUGCCCUUGUGGACCAGAAUUCCAGGUAUUUGUCUGAAACGAUGAGAAUUCGGUUGGCUCCAUCACUAAGAAGCUUGAGGCUGCUGGCAGAGUAUCCGGAGGACCGCCAUAGUACAUCUGGUGCACUGCUUGUUGGUAAUCCGUGGGUGGAAACCGUACGCAUCGAAGGGGACAAAUUCAAACCGCUUCCGGGUGCUGAGAAAGAAGUACAAAUGAUCGGACAGAUUCUUAAUAUUCAACCUCUCACUGGUAGGAACGCUACAAAAGAUCAAGUUUUGAGAAGGCUCAAAUCAGUUUCUUUAGUACACAUUGCAGCUCAUGGUUGUCCAGAAAACGGAGAAAUUAUUUUGUCUCCUAAUCUUGCUGAUGCUAAAAGGCCGAAAGAGGAGGACUUUCGUUUGACAAUGAGAGAUGUUUUGGAUGCACAAUUGCGCGCCAAGCUUGUUGUCUUAAGCUGCUGUUUCAGUGCACGAGGGGAGAUCAAAGCCGAAGGCGUGGUUGGAAUUGCUCGUGCCUUUUUAGGAGCCGGUGCACGUUCUGUUAUCGCGUCACUGUGGGCGCUCGACGACGAAGAGACUUUGGAGUUUAUGAGACAUUUUUACCAACAUUUGGUAGCGGGGCAAAGUGCAAGUAAGUCCCUUCAUCAUGCCAUGGAACGUAUACGGGAGACCCAAGAAUUCAAAGCCGUGAAGUAUUGGGCGCCAUUCGUGCUGAUUGGGGAUGACGUGACAAUGAAAUUUGGCCAAUGA